UCGGCAACGCGGGAAACACUACUGGGUUGUUUUCAACGGUGGGGAGUAUCCGCCACGCUAACACAGAUAUUUAUGUAUAUUUUUUUUAUCUCCAGAGAAAACAAAUGACCUGAUCUGAUAGUUUUAAGCUCUGUUUCUUACGUAUGUGGAGGUUUAGACCCGACACGGUCCCGUUCCUCCGACUGUGGUGUGUUGAAUUACUCGGAGGAGUUAGCUUAAGUACAUGUCUGUCCUGCUCCGCUCAGUACCGUCUGUGUGUGUAGCCGCCGAGCAGUUAGCCCCGACACAAAGAAACACACAAGUCCUGUUCACCGACCAAACAAGCAGAAAACCACGUAUUCUUGGAAAUGGAUACUUUCCAGAAGGUGGAGAAGAUAGGAGAGGGGACAUAUGGAGUAGUUUACAAAGCCAAGAACAAAGUCACCGGAGAAACUGUGGCUCUGAAAAAAAUUAGGCUUGACACGGAAACAGAGGGUGUACCAAGUACAGCCAUCCGAGAGAUUUCCCUUCUCAAAGAGCUCAGUCACCCAAAUAUUGUCAAAUUGCGGGAUGUCAUCCACACUGAGAACAAGCUCUACCUGGUGUUUGAGUUCCUUCAUCAGGACCUGAAGAAGUUCAUGGACUCAUCGUCAGUCACUGGUAUCCCACUGCCACUGGUGAAGAGUUAUCUUUUCCAACUGCUACAAGGCCUGGCCUUCUGCCACUCACAUAGGGUUCUCCAUCGAGACCUGAAGCCCCAGAACCUCCUCAUCAACGCACAAGGAGAGAUUAAACUGGCUGACUUUGGCCUGGCCAGAGCUUUUGGUGUACCCGUCCGCACAUACACACAUGAGGUGGUAACACUGUGGUACAGAGCGCCUGAAAUCCUCCUUGGCUGUAAAUACUACUCCACAGCUGUCGACAUCUGGAGUCUGGGGUGCAUCUUUGCUGAAAUGAUCACCAGGAGGGCCUUGUUCCCCGGCGACUCGGAGAUAGAUCAGUUGUUCAGGAUCUUCCGCACCCUGGGGACGCCUGACGAGGCCGUUUGGCCUGGAGUCACAUCGAUGCCCGACUACAAACCGUCUUUCCCCAAGUGGGCAAGGCAGGACUUAUCCAAAGUGGUUCCUCUUCUGGAUGAAGAUGGACGAGAACUGCUAAGAGAAAUGCUCAACUACGAUCCAAACAAAAGGUUAUCAGCCAAAAACGCUCUCGUGCAUCGAUUCUUCCGGGAUGUCACCAUGCCUGUUCCCCAUCUGAGACUCUAAAAUGUUCAGAUUGUCGGGUUGCUUUAAUAACAGUGUCUGAGCAAUAGGAACCAACUCUCAUGGCUACAGAUUCACAACAGGAAUGGACAGAAAAGUGGACAUUAAAGGACGUUCAGGAUCCUGUUAUGGGUGUUGGUUAAUUCCUUAAACCAGUGUACUUCUACAUGAACAUCCUGCCACUUUUGUUGAUGUUGUUAAUGUUAUAAAUGUUAAACUGUAAUGUUUCAAUAUCAUAAUUUGCUUUUUUAUUCCUAACUUUUGAUGUGGAUGCUAUUUGUGACCGGUGCUGGGCUUCAUCUGACUGGAGCACACAUCACAUAGACAUAUACUAGAUAUAUUCAAUUUCCACAUGUGAUGGGUUACAGAUGUUCAAAUUCAGUUUGUCAAAUAGCUAGAAGUAGAUGCGAUUGCAAAGGUUUUAGGGAUAGUGCAAAUAACAGAUGUUAUGUUUCCUGACAGAGGUAGCGUCUCAUAUUCUGUAGGAUUGAGCAGCAGCUGAAUGAAAGAUGAAGCGAAGACUCUGCACAAGUUUUCACAUUAGUCCUGGUCGGCAGAUGUCGAACUGUUGGUGCUUAAAGUGUGACAACAUUUCAUCAGCAUUCAUAGAAAUAUUAACAAUUUGGGCUUUAAGUGAUUGAAAACUGGAAGCAGCACCUUUUAACUGUUUUGGACCUGUCAGCACCGGUCAGGGCAGGCAUUCAUGUUUCCUGGCAGGAUUACUCAUACUGAAGUUCUCCCUCAUUUAUUCCAUUCUGUACAUAACAGUUCAACUAUACAUGUUCCCAGUUGUAAUUCAGAUUUUAAAGAAUUUAUGCAUCAUUGAUUCUUUCUUACUCUAGAUUUUAUCCAAACCUAAUGAACCGUUUUUAUGGAUGUUUAUUUACAGUUUUGAAAAAAAAAAAAAAAAACUUGUUUAAAUGAC